AUGGAAGCUGAUGCUGUAAUGGAAGGAUUUAAACGGAGUGUGGAAAUGCACGGAUUAAAAUAUGAUAAAAUUAUAGGCGAUGGAGAUUCUAGUGUAACAAAACGUUUAAAGGGAAGUAUGCCAUAUGGACCCAAGUUCAUAAUUGAAAAAAUAGAAUGUCGUCAUCGGCGGAGUACCGCUGAUAAGGACCGCGCGCAAUCGUAUCGCGCCCGUCGCCGUCGUCAUCAUUUAUUACGAAAUUACGGAACAAAAUUAAUGGCUGUUAUAAAAAAUAUCAAAUAUCCUAUAAUCUUGAGAAAACACAUAAAAAAAAAUUUGAAGCGUUUUAGAUUUGCGAUUGUAAAAUCAAUUGAUUACAGAAAUAAAUUGCAAAAUCAAUCCACAAGUCAAAAGAUAAAUGGAUUACCUAAAGAUAUCAACAACAGUUUUCAACACAUUUUGGGUGAACAUAGUCAAUGCGAAUUAUAUUUUUGUAAAGGUGCGAAAGAAAAUGAAAAAAAUUUAUUGAAUGAAGCACAACAAUCUGGCAUGGUUCAAGAAAUUGUACAAAUCAUCGGACGAUUAACAACUAAUGCUAAUAGUCUUUUGAUGAACGUAGACAAUAAUGUAUGCGAGCAGUUCAACAGCAUUAUAAACAAACAUUUAGCUGGAAAACGUAUCAACUUUUCUCAGCGUCAUUCAUGCAAUACACGAGUGGAAGCUGCUGUUAUAUCACAUAAUACUGCUGGACAACUGUUGAGAUGUUUACAUAAAAAUGCUGUGAAUGAUAUAAGUCCAGGAUGUGUUGGGAAAAAUUUUUUGAAAGCCAAAUUAAAAAAAAAAGCUCUUUCUAAAAAUAGAAGAACACUUUUUCCUAUAAAAAAAGGAAUAGGAAAAAAAUUAACCUUUGGUCCAGACGAGCAUUAUGGUUUAGCUGAACCUCUCGUCGACGAAUUUACAGAAAAUGAUAUAGAAUCAAAAAAACUGACAUUUUUAAGUUCCCUUGUUCUUGAUGAAAAUGGUAGAAUAAUAUUAGAGGAAGAAACAAGAGAACAACACAAUUCUUCUCGGUGGCACGCUGAAAGAAGAAACCGUCUCACAGCAUCAAAUUUUGGUAACAUAUGCAAACGAAGACCACAGACAUCAUGUAAAAAACUUGUUUAUAAUUUACUAUACCAUCAAUUUUCUACUAAAGCCACGGACUAUGGAAAAUCUAUGGAACCUCAAGCAAUUAAAAAAUUUGAAGAAAUUAGUGGUAAAAAAAUAAUGUCUUGUGGUCUUUUUAUUGAUGAAAAUACGUCUUAUUUUGCCGCCACGCCUGAUGGAUUAAUAAUUGAAGAUGACUCAUUAAUUGAGAUAAAAUGUCCCUAUUCUGCCAAAGAUUAUUGUAGUUGUAUUGAUGCUGUGAAGGAUAAAAAGUUGCCGUUUUUAAAAUACGACAAAUACACUGAAAACAUAAAAUUAAAAUCUGAUAAUAAUUAUUAUUAUCAGAUUCAGGGUCAGAUGCACAUUUGUAAAAAAAAGUCAUGUCACUUUUUCGUUUUUUCUGACAAAUGGACUUAUCAUGAAAUCGUGAUGUAUGAUCAUGAUUUUUGGUUACAAAUGGAAAAAAAAUUAGAUCUUUUUGAUCAAGAAUGUUUAUUGCCAGAGAUAAUUAAUCCACAGUACAGUAGACGAAUGUUUCUAUCGGAUAUUAAAGAUCCACCACAUAUAAUAACUGCGAAAAAGAAAUAA